AAAAUAAAUAUGUCAGGGUAUGAUCUUAAUCGAUUUCAUCCUUAACCUCCAGCACAUUUACUAUGCUUAAUUUGCAAUAAAGUAGUGAAAGACCCUCUAGAAUGUGAUUCUUGUGGUUAAAUGUACUGUAAUGAAUGUGUGGCACGAAAACCUUAAUGCAAAAGUCAAGAUUGUCCUAAAUAAGGAGCUCCUCCAUAAUAUGUUAAAAUCUAAGGAGCUAUGCUUAAAGUCUAUAAAAAUUUAAUGCUUUUUUGUGCAAAUCCUGAAUGCAAGAAAUUACUCUCAAUUGUUGAUAUUGAAUAACAUUAGAGUACUUGUCUAAAGUAAAAAUGCUUAAAUAAUGAUUUAUGCAAAGAAUUUAUAGAAAAGGAUGAUUAAAAGUAAAUUCUAUUAAGUAAUCUUAGAUUUUGUAGCAUUAUUUGUGAGUUGACUUUUUAAUUAUAUGAUGCUUAAAAUGACCCUAAAAAAUAAUUUGAUAUUAUUAAGAGAUAUGUACCUAAAUUAACAUCAACAAAUUCUCAACCAUCAUCCUUUUAAAUAAUGCCAUCUCAAUCAAUUCAAAAUAUUCAACCUAUUUCUAAUGGAGAUGGAGUAUUUUUUAAAUGGGAUAAAAAUAAAUGUGGAUAAGGUAUAUAAUUAACAAAUGGAGAUGUUUGUGUGUUCCUUAAAGAAAGCUCAUAUAUAUUUAGAACAGUUUUAGGAGAUCACGUACAUCUAUAUUUUAUUAAAUUAGGGAUUUGAAAGUGGUAUUCAUUAUUGGGAAAUAGAAGCAGAUAGUAGAACAGAAAAUGAAUUAAAAAUAGGGGUUUGUUAAGGUAAUACUAUAAAUUUAAAUGCUGCCUUUUGUGAUUUAAAUUAAGGGUUUGCAUAUUAUGGAUUAGCAUAAUUAAGAAAUGGAAGUAAUGCAUCAGGCUAAACCUAUGGUAAAAGAUUUAAAAAAGAAGGAACACUUGGUGUAUGUCUUAAUAUGAAUAAUGGUAAUUUAAAUUUUAAUUUUUAUUAGGCACUCUCUCCUUUUCAUUAAAUGGUGAAUAUAUGGGUAUAGCCUUUAGAUCAGAUCUACUUAAAAAAGGUCCCAUCUAUGCUGCAGUAGCAUUGCUACAUUGUGCUGGUUGCACUAUUAAAACUGGUAAAUAAAAACCUGCUUAUAUGGAAUGA